AUGUUGAAGAUUUCAAGAUGUGGCAGAAGUUUAUCCUUUAGAUGUUGUUUGUCCGCGGCGUGCUUGAUUACAUUUUACCUUUCUUUGUAUUUACUGAAAUUCUUUCAAACUAUAAACCAGCCUCAACGGAACCUCGUCUACCAAUUAGGAAAUCUUCAAAGCAGUCCAUUCUACGAAAUCACCUAUUUUAUUCAACUAUCCGGAGGAACAUAUUCAGUUCUCGCUAAUUACAUCAUUGACAGCUUUGUUUCGAUACUCGUACUACAAGUGUGCGCGCAACUGAUAAAUCUACGGACAACGCUGAACAAUCUGAUCGAUGAAUUAGUCAGCAAAUCUAUAUCUUCCUCGAGAUUUAGAGAAGGUUUAGCUGCGAUCGCUGUACGACAUAAUCAUCUCAUUAGGAACGCAAAGAUCAUCGACGGCUGCUACAGCCCAGUGUUAUUUGUGCAAGUGUUAGCUGCUACUUUUCAGAUAUGUGUCAUAACUUUUCGAGUUUUCACAAUAAUAACAGAUAAUAUGAAAGUGCCUGUUAUUAAAAUGACUUUUCUAUCAUUUUACUUUGUUGUUCUGUUGACAAAUAUGUAUGCAUACUGCUACUCAGCUGAAAGACUGAUGACGGAGAGCACCAAAAUGACAUACGGCGUGUAUGAAUGCAAGUGGUAUGACAUACCACCGAAAGACGCAAAAGACUUAAUGUUCAUUGUACAUCGAUCUAGGAUUCCCCUUAAAUUGACGAUUGGAAAAUUCGGAAUAUUUUCGUUACAAAUGUUCGGAACAAUUCUGAAAACAUCAAUGGGAUACCUAUCGGCAUUAUUAGCAAUAAAAGAUUAA